UGGGAGCUCGUUAGAACGCAAUUGACCGGCGCCGAUGAUCUACUACAACCAGGACGACUUCUUCCGGCUCCUCGCGCGGCUCCAAGGCUCGGCGUUCCGAGGCCACGGCCCGACGCGGGCCGUCGUCAUGGCGCUCGUCGCGACGGUCAUCACCACCGGCAACUACCUCUACGACAUUCUGACGACGCAGACCAAGACAAGUCUCGCCUUCAUCGACACGCUCACCGUCUUCAACGUCUUUAUCGGUCUCAUGAUCUCGUUCCGGCUCAACUCGGCCUUCAACCAGUGGCGCGCCGGCGUCGUUGCGAUCGCGUCGGUUGCUGAAGCGGCACGCGGGAUCGUCGCGUCGACCGCGUCGAUGCUCGACUUUUGCGUCGCGGGCGAAGACAAACUGCACUUUAUGUCUGAGAUGCGCCGCCUCGUGUGCUUGUACGUCUCGAUCUUGGUCCAAGACGCCCGCGGUUUUGUGCAAAACGACAUUCAGCCGUUCAUUGCGUGCAACCUCCUCCGUGACUCGGAGGCCGAUGAAAUGCGACGCUGCGGCGUCAUCACCCGCCAAAAUGACGAUCCGACGACGCACUAUACCACGGUCGCGCAGGCCAACCCGCACAAGCUCCGUGCAACGAUCGUCGAAGUGUGGAUUCGCCGCGUGAUCCAAGCCGGCGGUCGGCGCGGGUGGUUUGCGCCGCCGCAAGCCGCGUCGCUCAACGGCAACGUCUCGACGCUCGUGUCGCUCUACACGACGGUCUACAACAUUGCCAACAUUCCGAUUCCGUUCAACUAUGCGCACUUUCUGACGCUCAUGAUGGUGCUGUACCUCGUGCUCUACACGUUUGUGAUCGUCCAGAGCUCGGGCUGGUACACGCCUUUGUGGGUCUUUCUCUGGGGCUUUGUGCUCUUCUCGUGCGACGACCUCGCGCGCGAGAUCGAGUGCCCGUUUGGUUUGGACCAAAACGACAUUGACCUUGAAGUGCGCAUCGCCCGCAUGGAAGAGGAGCUCGACGUGAUCCUCCGCAGCCUUCACUUUCACGAAGCGUACGUGCGCCCGCAGCACCUCAGCAGCCUCCGCGACGACAUCACCGAGAUCUCGAGCACGCAAUCCAUCUCUGUGUGCGUCGACUCCAAGUACUCGUCCCACCGCGACUCGAUCCACAGCAUUUCCGAAGACAAGAUCCCGUCGCCCGAGAUCCCCAUGUCGGCCGCGCCCAUGCUGCGCAUGAUGCUCCUCGAGUCGUCGUCGAUGCCAGAGGACGUCGUUGCGCCCGAGGUUGUCACCGAAGAGACGAUCCCGAUCAGCCAGACGUCGUCGAUGAAUUACGGUUCGUCGAGCAAGAGUGGGAACCCUAUGUGGUUAUAAACCAUCGAAAUAAAAUCUUGCGGCCACA